UUAUGCACUUGCGCAAUGUAGCGAUGCGAAGUCAAUCCCACUCCUGUUGUCAGACCGGGCUGCCCUUUUGUGCUACGUAUUUCCGGUGUGCGGUAUCUACACUCUUACUAUCCAGAGAGUGUUGAAGGCCCCGGGCCGGGAGAAGCCGCCACCGGUAACAGAACGGGGAGAAGCCGAGAAACAGGAGAAGGAUAAAGAAUCAGAAAUGUCUUUCAUAUUUGAGUGGAUUUAUAACGGCUUCAGCAGCGUGCUGCAGUUUUUAGGAUUAUACAAGAAGUCUGGGAAGCUAGUGUUUUUAGGCUUGGACAAUGCUGGAAAAACCACACUGCUACAUAUGCUAAAAGAUGACAGGCUCGGUCAGCAUGUUCCUACACUACAUCCAACAUCAGAAGAGCUGACCAUUGCAGGGAUGACCUUUACCACUUUUGACCUAGGUGGACAUGAACAAGCUCGUCGUGUUUGGAAAAAUUACCUGCCAGCAAUCAAUGGAAUUGUCUUUCUUGUGGACUGCCUAGAUCAUGGGCGCCUUAUGGAGUCUAAAGUUGAGCUCAAUGCACUCAUGACUGAUGAAACAAUAUCUAAUGUGCCAAUUCUCAUCCUGGGGAACAAAAUCGACAGGCCAGAAGCAAUCAGUGAGGAAAAACUGAGGGAAAUCUUUGGAUUAUACGGACAGACCACAGGAAAAGGUAAUGUGCCACUGAAGGACCUAAAUGCUCGCCCAAUGGAAGUGUUUAUGUGCAGCGUGCUGAAGCGGCAAGGAUAUGGAGAAGGUUUCCGUUGGCUAUCCCAGUACAUUGACUGAAUUUAACCCUCUCCCCUCCCCCUCACCCACCACCCCCUUCCCACUACUUCUUUCCUUUCCUUGGAUCGGCAAGAAAAUAAAAACAAGGUUAUGCUGAGUUCGACUCCUCUGGACUUUAUCCUGACGGACUUCUCUUUCAGAGUGAUGCAGACUCACACAGGCAGUGAUUAACACAGUGCAACAACCAGGAGUCUUGUGGGGAAACGUCGCUCUGAUCAAGAGUUCAUUGAUUUCAAAAGAAAACAAGUCUAUUUUUUAAAGAAUGUCCAUGUAAACUGUGCCCUCUUUUCUUUUAAAUCACUGUUUGGUCCAGAGUUUGUAUUAGGCUUUUUUUUAUUUUAAUCUACGUAUUUAAUGGUAUUUAGAUAUUUCACAACAACAAUGCUGAACCAAGUUUCAUGACCUUAUAAGUCCGCAAUAAACAUACUUUUGCGCUGG